GGCGUUCUUGCCUUCUCUCUGCACAUCCAGAUCACAACCCUUGGGGCGACGUGCGCUUGACUGGUCCAGGACCAGGACCAGGACUCUCGAGGCAGACUGGCUUGGCCAUAGCUCAGCACCGUACUCUUGCCCAUUUGAAUCAAAAUUUGACUCUCAUGGCCAGUGGCCUUGAUCUGGCGGGAGUGGUUGGCACAUGGGUGGCAGUGGCACUGGCUCUUAUCGCGCUCGUGGGCAUUGUGGCGCCAGUCCUCCUCAUACGUGAAUCUCGGAGCGAUCGUUUCCAGGCCUUGAAUGCCGUCGAUGAUCAGAAUACUGGGUAUAUUACCGGCGGUCUCAAGCUGCGCGGCAGCUCAACAUAUUUCCAGAAAGUCAAGGUACCCUUGCUGAGCAGCCCGCCCGGACCAAAUGUGAUAUUUGACCGAGCCUCGAUUGCAAAUCUGGCCCAGGCGACUGGCUGGGUCAAUUUUGCCGCGGCGAUAGAGCGAUACACAUCCUCAACCGACAAAGGCGAUGGUCUCCUGUUGUUCCACAAGCAGACUUGGCUCCCCGUGCACCGCUUCUGGCUCCUUACCUUCGGACUCUUCGGCAGAUAUGGACACCGGGAAGACCGCGGCAUAGCUAUCAGUCAGUCAAAUGCCCAACGACUUAUGAUAGAGAGAAAGCCUGCUUAUCACGGCCACAAUAUACCAGCUAGGCGGAGCUUGCAACCAUACUACGGUCUCACAGGCAAGAUCCUCUGGGCGCCAAUGUCUCCAGAGGCCACCAUGGCCGAUGGCAUGAUCGACAGGCUCUACUUCAAAGCCCAUUCCGCUGAGAGCCGACGCGACCCUUUUCCCGAGGCUAUUCCUCUCAAGACAUUGUUCUGGCUUUCUCUGGGCUGUCUUCCCCUCGACCAUCUGCCACCAGAUAAUCCCGAUACGACUCGCGUCUAUGAUCUAGCGACUUAUAGAGACGCCCUCAUUUCGAGACAGCAAGCCCGUGAAGAUGUCCAUGAAGUGUUGUUCUUUCGCUUCCAGGAGCGAGAAGGUUGGACAGAUUGGGGAGCGCAAAGCCAGUGGGCGUUCGCCAUGGGUGUAAACAAGUAUUCCUUGUGGCGCUUGGAAAAGGAUGAAGUGCCAGACAGCCCAGAGGCCAUCGUCGAAGAGGCAAAAGUGGACAAGGGCCAUUGGCACAUUAUCCCAGACACUGGCGAAAGGCAUCUGGUGUGGAGAUCUGACCUUCACAGUUUAGUGCAAGAGCUCAUGACGAUGCCAAUAAGUCGUCAUGGCUUCCUCUUUGACCAGAGAAGAGACAUGCUCAUGUCGAUUCUUAAGCCAAGCAUCGAAUUGUUCUACGAAAAAUUGCUUCCAUCCUUGGAAAGCCAAAACAGCCCCGAGAGACUGUCCCCAUCCGUAACCCAUGGAUCAGGCGAAAAUGCUAUCGGAGCCCGGAUCGAAGAACAAGUUCCUCUAGCAACGGAAGCUAGACAGGCAGCAACAGUCCUGAGGUUAGUGAAGCGAUAUGAAGUGUUCGGUCGGCGGAAGACCGAAGCACAUGCUGUCUUGGAUGCCGAACUAAGUAAGAGAGGGAUGGGGGCGAGCGAGCACAUCCGUGCUGUUGUAGCCAUUUUGAUGGCUACAACCGAAGCUUUUCGAGCAGAAGUGGCAAGAGGAAUUCGCGACACGGCGGAAGUCUCCAAUACCUGUCUGAAACUUCGACCCGUGGAGAAACAGGCUAUCCUCAUACGAGCUCCGGCUCCCGCCCCUGGGGUACAACAACCGGAUCAACACAAUAACGGUGAUCGAGCAAAUGUGUUGGACCACGACCGUGAUAGCAAUGUCCGUGCCACCGUCGCAACUGAAACCGAUGCUACGGAAGCCACUCCUGCAUCACAGGGUCUGCCGAACGAGGUCCUCCCCAGAGACGGACCAUCCCAGGAGAAGCCAGUGGGAAGCCCGCAGGUUGAAGUUGGGAAACCCUCCAUCACGAGGCACGCAACAAACAAUCAUGAGCAGGAGGAUACCGUGCACACCGAUAGUCCCGCUUCAGGUGAUCUAGUGCAGACUUUCAGCCUUGACUCAGCAGCUCUUGUUCCCCAUGGCGGGACCCGGAGAACUGCCCAGGAGACGUACAGGUUUGACGACUACUGGCCUGGUAUUUAUGCAGCCGCGCUCCAGGCCUGCAACCGCUUCGCUUACUUCAACGCACAACUGACCUCAUCACAUCUCAUCUCUCUCAUUCAGCAGCUGGGCGAUGUAGCGCACGUUUCUGCCAGACCGGAACUUCCCAGUAGAGACGAGGCCAGAGCCGAGGGAGCAGUGGUGCCUUUACCGCCAGUGCCCCUGCCGACGACCGUGUACAAUGACACCGAGCUCAGCGGGACUCAGGACAGUCUUAUAUUGUCGUCCACGGGAGGGGAAGAGAGAUCCGUGGUCAUGCACCAGGGUAUCGCUUUUGGACUCUCUGGUCGCAAUACUGCUAGCUGUCUUGGAGAUUCGAUAGCGGGCGGUCCGGCACGUAGCCAUCGAUCGACGCGAUCGGCUCCCCCCGCCAUACAUCAGUGAAUUUGAUUUCCAGAUCAACAUUCAGCGGACUCUUCUUGAAGAUCAACACACGAGCCGCAGCUAGUUGCGCCCAAACGAAGCCAGAGCCGUCACGACGGAGCGGACCCUGACAAAGAAGAGCACUUGACUAGGAUAAGAAGUUCAA